AUGAGUUGGAAAGGAUUUCAGCGAGGUGUCGUGAGGGCACCUCAAUCCAUUAAGCAGAAGUUCAAUAUGGGAGAAAUUACGAAGGAUCCUGUAUAUCAAGACGCGGAAAGACGUUUUGCGGAGCUCGAAAAGGAAACAAAGAAGCUCCAUGACGAGUCAAAGAAAUAUUUUGAUGCGAUAAACGGCAUGCUGGAUCAUCAAAUCGAAUUCUCAAAAUCUAUAGCUGAAAUAUACAAACCUAUCUCUGGGCGCAUGUCCGACCCAGACUCUAUGAAGAUCGAAGGUAAUCCAGAAGGUAUUCGCGCCUGCGAAGAAUAUGAAGCCAUCGUACACGAUCUUAAGUCCACGCUGGCGCCUGAGCUUGAGAUGAUCGAGACCCGAGUUAUCCGCCCCGCCGAUGAGUUGACGGAAAUCAUCAAAUUGAUUCGAAAGGUGGCUUCGAAGCGCGAUCAUAAGCAGUUGGAUUACGACCGACACCGGGCAUCUUUGAAAAAGCUUCAAGACAAGAAAGAUAAAACGCUCAAAGAUGAAAAGGCAUUAUAUAAGGCAGAAAACGACGUCGAAUUGGCGACCCAGGAAUUUAAUUACUACAAUGAUCUACUCAAAGCUGAACUUCCGAAGCUCUUUGCGCUUGAGAGAGAGUUUAUCCGACCGCUAUUUCAGAGCUUCUAUUACAUGCAACUAAAUGUUUUCUACACUCUGCACGAGAGAAUGCAGGGUAUUAAUAUUGGCUACUUCGAUCUAACCCUCGAGGUAGAGGAGGCUUUCAAUAAGAAGCGCGGGGAUGUGCAGGAACGGGCCGAAGCUCUUACGAUUGUGCAUUUCAGAACGACUGGAGGGCGCACAAAACUAAACGCUAAAUUCAACAAAUUUGGAAAUAAAUCCGACAGCGGUAGCAUUACGGGCGGACGACGGACAGCCUCUCUAGAUAUCACUCGCCCCUCCGGCGAUGGCGAAACUAGCACCCCCCCGCCACCAUACACCUCCACCGGGGUGCCUGACACAUCUAUGGAGAAGGGAGGCCUUUUAAGCCCUGGUGUAACCGGUGUUGGAAGGAGCAAUUCCACGGGUACAAACUACUCUAUAGCGGCGAAAAAGAAGCCUGCGCCGCCGCCACCUCGACCAAAGCCAAAGAGUCUUAGUGCAAAUGUUGAAAGGGCGACCGCUCUUUACGAUUUUGAAGCACAAGCGGAAGGUGAUUUAUCCUUCAGUGCUGGGGACAUCAUCGAAAUUGUGCAAAGGACAAAUAACGAAAACGAGUGGUGGACGGGAAAACUACACGGACGACAGGGCCAAUUCCCAGGAAAUUAUGUCAGGGUGAACUAA